UAUGAUGAUAUAUUAGCAUAGUGAUUGCACAAUGUGAGAAAGAAGUAUCGUGUAUCACUGAUUUACAUAUUUAUCUUUGCUAAGGAAGAGGUUAGCGAUCAACCUAACCUUAUGCGGGCAAAUUUUCUUCCAAAGGAUAACAUAGAUACAAGUGGCAUUGUAAUUUCGCAUUGUUUGUUGUUAACAUAAUUAAUUUAUGUUAUCUCAAAUAUUAAUAUCGGAAAUAAUAAAGUGAUAAAACAUAUUCUCAUUGAAGAGGUUAAGUUCUCUGUAUACAAAAGAUAGAAUUAUAUUAAUAGCUACAAUAUUUUGUACAAUUUUUGCGAGUGGUUACAUUAAAUAAAAUAUAUUUAUCUUAAAUUCAAUGAUUAUACGAUAAAUUCAAGUCAAAUUCCAUUUAACAAGAUUCUAGCAGGUGCAAGAUGCAUUGUGUACGUAUGAUUCUAAACAUUACACAUCAGAAUUUACGAAUAUGCAACAAAGUGAACAAUGUGAAUAAAAUUUGCGAAAGACCAAGAGUAUUACUACAAAAUAUUGCUUAUCGUUUUAAUCACAAUUCUGAAGAAGAUGCAAGCGCAGAGAGUGAAGAAGAACGGAAGGAAUAUGUAGAGCUGUCCAGUCGUUGCAUAGGUACUGCAGUUGGACACAGGAUAUUUGUGUUGCAACCUUACAUAAAAUGGGGCAGAGACAAGAAGAGGAACACCACACCAGAGCUACAACUGGCCGAAGCUGUGGCACUUGUAAACACUCUACCAUAUUGGUACGUAGUUGGGACCAAGUAUGCACCAUUGCUUACUUUGCAGAGAAAAUCUUUGCUUGGUACUGGUUCAAUAGAGGACCUGAAGAAGGAGAUGCGUAGAAGUGAAAACCCUACUGCAAUAUUUGUCAGUACUAAUCAGCUGAAGUUUGUUCAGAUGCUUGAAUUGGAAAAGAUCUUUGGUCUACCAGUAUAUGAUCGUUACUCUAUAGUUAUCCAUAUAUUCCGCGAGCACGCGAAAACCCCAGAGGCGAAACUACAAGUAGCCUUAGCGGAAAUACCAUAUAUCCGAAGAAAAGUAUUGGAAACGUGCAUUACUUCCUGUGGUGUGAUUAACAUGACAGAGAAGAUGAAGUUGCUGCUCGACAACAAGGAAAAGAGAUUGAAGAGUGACUUGAAGAAGUUGAAGCAACAUCGACAGCUUAUUAGGAAUCAUCGUAAGAAUACCGGUAUACCCACGGUUGCUGUGGUGGGUUACACGAAUUCGGGUAAGACCUCCUUGAUAAAGGCACUUACGGAUGACAAAUCUCUGCAACCUAAAAAUAAAUUGUUCGCAACCCUUGAUACGACCGCGCAUCGAGGCAUGUUGCUCAACAGAUUAAAAAUACUCUACAUGGAUACCAUUGGUUUCAUUCAGGACGUGCCAGAAACUCUGAUCGAACCGUUCGUUGUGACCCUGGAGGAUGCCAUAAUCGCUGAUGUGAUAAUCCACAUAUUCGACAUCAGUCACCCUGAUAUGAAGGCGCAGUACCAACAUGUACAACAGACGAUAAAACCCAUGAUAGGCGAGGAUCGUCCGGUAAUCGAUGUCGCCAACAAGUGCGAUCUAGUUGAAAGCGACUGCAUACCCAAGGAUGUGAUUGCAGUCUCCUCUACGAAGUUAACAGGAAUUGAUCUGUUGCGCUUGGAGAUAGAAAAAAUCCUGCUGGACAAUAUCGGGUUGUUACGCACACGUGUAAGAGUGGAAUCUGGCAGUCCCGCGGCCAGCUGGCUGUACAAAUGGACAACGGUUACGAACGCUGCACCAGAUCCGGACGACGCUCAAUACUUAAUUAUGAACGUGCUCGCUACCUCGCGCGAUAUUGAAGAGUUCAAGAAAUUUUUAAGAAAAUAAAAAAUAACUUUCAUCACAGUUGAUGUGCAACGAU